GAGAGAUUUACACAAUGAAGCCCAAUUUUGCAGGAUUGUGGCAGGCUGAGACGUCUGAAAAUCUAGAGAGAAUCUAUAAAAACAUGGGAAUAAUAGGAGAUGCUCUAGAAAUAGCUAUAAAUGAAUCACCAAAGAUUGAAAUCAGACAAAGUGGAGAGUAUUUCUACAUAAAAACUGAGUCUAAGGUAGUUGGGAAGGUUGAGGUAUCCUUCAAAGUGGGUGAGAUAUAUGAGGUGCCAGACCACAGGUGGCGAAAUAUGAAACACAAAACCAGCUGGGUCGGUGGAGGAAAGAAACUGCAAAUCAGGCCACUGAAUGGUAGUGGAUCUGAUCCAAUUCAUGUGUAUGAAAUGAUUGGAGAUGACAAACUUGUUAUGUAUCUACAUGCUCUGGGAGAAACAGCAAAACAGACAUUUGUAAAGCAGACAGACAAAGACAAAUAGUCUGUGUACCUUCCAAGUCUACUACAGCGGUGCUUGAGUGUGGUUCAACGCACUGUACAAUCAUAUUACUCAUCUGAUAACAGUUUCUCAUACAAUUACGGACAGUAAGGAGAUCCAUCCAUAUUGUAGAAAAGCUGCAUGGUUGUUGAAACAAC